AUGGCUUCCAUUAUCACCACCGCAGCUCUCGUUUAUGCGCUGUAUCUCCUUAGCUACCUCUGCCGUUCCAUCCUCUCUCUGGUUCGGAACGUACGCAUCGCCAAGCAAAUCGGGAUCCCGGUCGUCUGGAGCCCCGUUAGCUCCUUCAACCCCCUGUGGAUCAUCACCUGCAAACGCGUCGCGCCAUUCUUCCAACGCCUUCCCUUUGGCUUGGGCGAUUGGACGAGAUAUAGCACCCUCGACUGGACGUGGAUAGACCGUACCACUGGAGGAACUGAAUCUACGGUCCAUAAGCAAUAUGGUUUUACUUUUGUGAAUGCCACACCCCGGGAUGUGGAAAUUCACACCUGUGAUCACCACGUAUCCGAUCAAAUAUUACGAAAAUACACUAAUGACUUCCCCAAGAUAAGUCACUAUGCCAUACUGGAUGUAUUGGGGACGAGCCUAGUCUCGUCAGACGGCGAUGACUGGACCCGUCACCGGAAGGCUACUGUUGCGACCCUAAGUGAUCGAACCAACGGCCUAGUUUGGGCAGAAGCCCUCAGGCAGACACGACAGAUGGUGCAGUACUAUGAAGCAGUUAGCCAAGGUCGUAUUCUCGAUCCUAUUGAGGACAUUCGCGAGCUGUAUCUGCACGUCUUCACCCGAGUCUGCUAUGGCGUUGCCUAUGACUUCAAACAGCAAGAACAAAUCCCCGCGGGACACUCCUUGAGCUAUAAGACAUGCUUAUACACGAGCAUCAGGGGUAUUUUGAUGCUUCGACUGAUCCCUUGGUCAAUCAUGCGAUUGUCCAACCUGCCCCUGCCGUCCAAGGUCCGUACCUUUCGCCAAGCCAUCAUCGAGAUGCAGCAGUAUCUCGACGAAAUGAUCACCACCAGUCAAAGCUUAAUAAGCGGCGAUAAUACUAGGAAGAGCCAAAACCUUCUUAGCUUCAUGGUAGAACGGAGCAAAGAAUCGCAAUACAGGCCCAAGACGGACGUCUGGCUGAAUGAGUCGGAAAUCCGCGGGAACCUCUUUACAUACGCAUUAGGGGGUCACGAAUCCUCGGCCCAUACAUUCUCAUUUGCCCUAUAUCUUCUGUCGGCUUAUCCUGAAACGCAGGAUUGGUUAAUCCAAGAAAUUGAUCAAGUUAUUGCUUCUGAUGCGAGCUGGAUGUCGGAGGAAGCUUUCAUGGGGCUAUACUCUCGCUUGCCGAGAUGUCAAGCUGUCAUACUUGAGACCCUUCGGUUAUAUCCGUCGGUAACCGUGGUGCCAAAAUGCACCACCUCUGCGGCGGUAACGCUUUCGAUUAACGGAUCAAACCGCCGCAUACCGCCCAACACAAACGUCUUUGUCAACAUGCCCAGCAUUCAGGUCCGCGAAUCCAUCUGGGGCUCAGGUGCCGGGCUCUGGAACCCGGGACGGUGGAUCGCGAGGCCGACGGCCGAUGAUGGCCAGAAGCACGAGCGCGUACAGCCCCCCCCGGACGGCGCGUUUCUGGCUUGGUCGGAGGGCAAACGUGCCUGUCCCGGCAGGCGGUUCUCUCAAGUCGGGCUUGUCGCGGCUCUCGCGGCAAUGUUCUCGUCGCACAGGCUCGAGGUUAUGCCUAACGAAGGGGAGAGUUCUGCCGAGGCGAGAAUGAGAGCCAAUGCUGCAGUAAACAGCUCAUAUGCUGUUAUGACGGUCCAUAUGUAUGAUCCAUACUCUGUGAAGAUUCGUUUAGUGAAGAGAGAAAACGGGUCUGGCCAUGAGGCAGGUGCCGGAAAACUAGAGACGGACAACCUUAUAAACUAG